GGGAUCCAACAUCCUCUCUUACCCUCCAUCUUCUGCCACCUCUACCACGGUCACCAUGUCGCAAGCCCUGCCUGCCACUGUGCUGGGUGCCAUGGAGAUGGGUCGCCGCAUGGAUGUGACCUCCAGCUCCGCGUCGGUGCGCGCCUUCCUGCAGCGCGGCCACACGGAGAUAGACACCGCCUUCGUGUAUGCGAACGGUCAGUCUGAGACCAUCCUAGGAGACCUGGGGCUCGGACUGGGCCGCAGCGGCUGCAAAGUCAAAAUUGCCACCAAGGCUGCCCCAAUGUUUGGGAAGACACUGAAGCCGGCCGAUGUUCGGUUCCAACUGGAGACGUCACUGAAGAGGCUGCAGUGUCCCCGGGUGGACCUCUUCUAUUUACACUUACCAGACCACGGCACUCCUAUAGAGGAGACCCUGCAGGCCUGCCACCAGCUGCAUCAGGAGGGCAAGUUUGUGGAGCUUGGUCUGUCCAACUAUGCCUCCUGGGAAGUGGCUGAGAUUUGUACCCUCUGCAAGAAAAAUGGCUGGAUCAUGCCAACUGUGUACCAGGGCAUGUACAACGCCACCACCAGGCAGGUGGAGACUGAGCUCCUCCCCUGCCUCAGACACUUCGGAUUAAGGUUCUACGCCUUCAACCCUUUGGCUGGGGGCCUGCUGACUGGCAGAUAUAAAUACCAGGAUAAGGAUGGGAAGAAUCCUGAGAGUCGUUUCUUUGGGAAUCCAUAUUCUCAAAUAUACAUGGACCGCUACUGGAAGGAGGAACACUUCAAUGGCAUCGCCUUGGUGGAGAAGGCUCUGAAGACUACCUAUGGCCCCACUGCCCCCAGUAUGAUCUCAGCUGCCCUACGGUGGAUGUACCAUCACUCACAGCUCAAGGGCACCCAUGGGGAUGCAGUCAUUCUGGGCAUGUCCAGUCUGGAACAACUGGAGCAGAACUUGGCCUUGGUCGAGGAAGGGCCUCUGGAGCCAGCUGUUGUGGAUGCCUUUGACCAAGCCUGGAACCUAGUUGCCCACGAGUGUCCCAACUACUUCCGCUAAGAUACAUCUGCCUUGGGGAGGCGCAGCUUACUGCCUGCCCCGCCUUGUCCUGGGCUCCAUCUGAUCUGGUUCUUUCCUCUUUAGACAGGUCACUGUCU